AUGGGAGAGGAGACUACCCUCGAAAGCGGGGGCGCUGGACAAAACAGUGGCGUAGUCGAUAUAUACCCCCUGAGUCGCUACGUCUUCGAUUCUAAGGAAGCCGUUCCGGAGAAGGAUGAUAACCUGACCGAUAGGGUCCAGCGUCUGCAAUCCAAGUACGUGAUGGGAUCUACCUCGUGCACGCCCCCUUUUCCUUUGUUUGAAUUCGGAUUCCAUCGCCGUCUUUCUCCCGAAAUUAGGUUCCGUGCUCUGCAACGAAGCUACUUCUCUCCCGCGCCUAACAUCGUUUGUGCAUCCCUGGCGAUUUACGACGAUCGGCAGCUAUUCGAGGCAUGGCCUGCGGACGUGCGUGGGGGGAGUUCUUCUGGUAAGUCAUCCUCGUCUGUUUUUUGUUGCUCUUCAACCUUCCGAGUGACUGGAUGUUCCUCGGUGUUCUUCGCCCAAUAUUUUUUUUUACUGUAAAUGCAUAUUAUACCGAAUUGGAAAAAUAUCGAUCAUAAUUACGUUUUCCAUCAGAUCUUCUUUUGAAGUACCUUGAGUGGAACCCUGAAGAGAACCCGAGUGGUAUAUUAAUUGUCUAGCCAUUGGGAUUCGAGUAUUUAUCUGGGUGUAGUUCCCUUCUUCUCAAGUAAAAUGAAAUUAGAAAAAAAAAAAAAAAAAAACCCGUUCACAAGAUCGUGCCUUUCAGAGUAUCUGCUUCUAAAAGAUUGCCUAAAAUGGAAAUAAAUAUGCUCAUGGUAGAAUUUUACAAAACAAUAGUUUAAAUAGUAGGAACUUGGUCUCAUGAAACUAGCAUUUUUUUUUCUCCAGCAGGCAGCAGCUUUUUCCGAGUUAGCACGGUCAGAUUGUCUCAAUUUACAUGAGCUCUGAUUCAUGAUUCAAUGAUUCAAUGAGAGAUGCUUGUGCAUGCAUAAAUGUGAUGGUUCAACUGUUGUGAUCUUGCCUUCAGGUGGAGCUGUUUCAGGAACCUCACGCCCUCCUCCUGCAAGUUAGGAACUCGUUCUUUAAGCUUCCAGGGGGGAGAUUGCGGCCUGGAGAGCCGGGUAUCUUUCUGUGGAAUCUUCCCAUUGUUCUGUCUGAUUGAUUACGUUGAUUGCAUAGCUUAACAGCAAUGAUGCAUGCCUUUCCUAUGAUCGAGUGGAAAUCAUUCUGACGAGUCAUGAUGGGAACGAAAGUUGCAGAUAUUCAAGGACUGAAGAGGAAACUUUCGAGUAAGCUCUCUCUUAAUCUGAGUGGAGAAGAUGACGACUGGCAGGUGAAUCCCUCUUAAUCUGUCGCAUUCCUCUGUGGCGAAUCAUCUCCUUUUUAAACGGUGUUCUUCCGAUUCCAGAUUGGAGAAUGCCUUGGAACGUGGUGGAGAUCCGAUCUUGAGGGUUUACCGCAUCCUCACCCGCCUCCUGAUAAUCCGAAGGUAAUCCAAGCAUCUUCUUCUCGGAUUGAUCCAAAGCACUCUGGUAAUCUUUUCCUCUUCAGGAAUGCAUGAAGAUUUUUCUGGUGAGGCUGCCCAGGAACCGGCGAUUCGUCGUCCCAAGAAACCUCAAACUGCUGGCGGUUCCAUUGUCCCGGAUUCAAGAAAGCUCAGAGGUAGGGGCGGUACUAACUCAGGUUUUUCUCGGCCACGCGCCCAACCUUCGUCGGCGACCCAGUAAAUCGCGCAAAGCUGUGUGUUUGCAGGUCUACGGUCCUGUGAUCUCCUUGAUCCCUGCGCUCCUCUCUGACUUCUCCUUCAACAGGGUUCGAGUAUGA